GCCAGAGCCGGGAAGCCUUUGGGUCAGGCCGGAGGGCGGCCGCCUGCCUGCCUGCCUGCCUUCGUCGUCGUCCAGGACAGGAAGGAGGCGGCCAUAGCCACCGCGAUGGCCGGGGUCGGGGCUGGGGCCGGGCCGCCACCACCACCACCCUCGCCGGCGGCGUCGGCGUCCCCUCCUUCUCCGCCCUCCCCGCCCGCGUCCGGGCAGAAGGAGCUGGUGUACAAUAAGCUGCUGCCUUACGGCGACCGGCUGGAGGCCGAGGCGAGCGACCUCCUGGCUCAGAUCAAGUACCACCUCGGGCGGGCGGUUCAGCUGCAGGAACUCUGGCCCGGAGGCCUCUUCUGGACCAGGAAGCUCUCCACAUAUCUUCGACUCUAUGGGAGGAAAUUUAGUAAAGAAGAUCACGUCCUUUUUGUUAAGCUCCUGUAUGAGCUUGUUACUAUUCCAAAGCUGGAGAUCAGCAUGAUGCAAGGUUUUGCACGACUUUUGAUAAACCUAUUGAAGAAAAAAGAACUUCUUUCAAGGAAUGACUUAGAAUUACCGUGGAGGCCACUUUAUGAAAUGCUGGAGCGGAUAUUGUAUUCUAAAACAGAACACCUUGGAUUAAACUGGUUUCCAAAUUCUUGUCGACCAGGCUUGUCUUCACCUAAAACAUUUGUGCUUAAUGUUUUACAUAGGUGCUCUGUAGAAAGCGUUUUGAAAACUCUCGUGAAAAACUGUCGACCGUAUUUUCCAGAAAAUGCUACAGCAGAGAUGUUAGUUGAAUGGCGGCCGUUAAUGUGUCCUUUUGAUGUUACCAUGCAGAAGGCUGUCACUUACUUUGAACUGUUUCUACCUACCACACUUCCUCCAGAAUUCCACCACAAAGGUUUUAAGCUCUGGUUUGAUGAGUUUAUGGACCUUUGGGUUUCUGUUCAAAAUCUUCCUCAGUGGGAAGGGCAUCUAGUCAACCUUUUUGCACGCUUGGCCAAUGACAACAUAGGCUACAUCAACUGGGAUCCCUAUAUUCCAAAGAUAUUCACCAGAGUACUGCGGAGUUUGAACCUUCCAGUGGGAAGCAAUCAGGUGUUGGUUCCACGAUUCCUGACAAACGCUUAUGAUAUAGGACAUGCAGUCAUGUGGAUCACAGCCAUGAUGGGAGGACCAAGCAAACUUGUACAAAAGCACUUGUCUGGGUUAUUCAAAAGCAUUGCAUCUUUCUACCACCCCUCCAAUAAUGGCCGCUGGUUGAAUAAGCUAAUGAAGCUGCUUCAACGGCUACCCAGCAGUGUUGUCAGAAGAUUGCAUCGUGAACGUUACAAGAAGGUGACCUGGCUGACUCCUGUGCCUGAUAGCCAUAAACUUACUGACCAGGACAUAACAGACUUUGUAGAAUGUAUUAUUCAGCCUGUCCUCCUGGCAAUGUUCAGCAAAACUGGAAGCCUGGAGGCAGCCCAGGCACUACAGAAUCUUGCACUAAUGCGUCCAGAGUUAGUAAUUCCACCAGUACUUGAAAAAACAUAUCCUGCACUGGAGACAUUAACAGAACCUCAUCAACUCACAGCCACUUUAAGCUGUGUAAUUGGAGUAGCUCGUAGCCUGGUAUCUGGGGGCAAGUCAUUUCCUGAAGGUCCAACGCACAUGUUGCCUCUUUUGAUGAGAGCAUUGCCUGGUGUGGAUCCAAAUGACUUUAGCAAAUGCAUGAUCACAUUCCAGUUUAUAGCAACGUUUUCUACUCUCGUGCCUUUAGUAGAUUGUUCAUCUAUUCUGCAAGAGAGAAAUAAUCUCACAGAGGUGGAGAAAGAACUCUGUUCUGCUAGUGCUGAAUUUGAAGAUUUUGUACUGCAAUUUAUGGACAGAUGUUUUGGGCUCAUAGAAAGCAGUACCCUGGAACAAACGAGAGAAGAGACUGAAACAGAAAAGAUGACUCAUUUGGAGAGUUUAGUGGAAUUAGGCUUAUCUUCCACUUUCAGCACAAUCCUCACACAGUGCUCAAAAGAAAUAUUCAAGGUUGCCUUGGAGAAAAUUUUCAAUUUUGCUGUUUCAAAUAUCUUUGAGACAAGAGUGGCAGGUCGGAUGGUAGCUGACAUGUGCCGAGCUGCUGUAAAGUGCUCUCCUGAGGAGUCUUUGAAGCUCUUUGUACUCCAUUGCUGCAGUGUUAUAGAGCAUCUUACUCUCAAUGAUGAUGUCUUGCGUGAUGAAGAAUUAGAUAAGGAGCUUCUCUGGAACCUUCAGCUUUUGUCAGAGAUCACUCGUGUGGAUGGGAAGAAGUUGCUGCCGUACAGAGAGCAGCUCUUGAAGAUCCUGCAGCGAACCCUCCAUUUAACCUGUAAGCAGGGUUACAUUCUGUCUUGUAACCUACUGCACCAUCUUCUUCGUUCUACUACACUUAUCUACCCCACAGAAUACUGCAGUGUGCCAGGUGGCUUUGACAAGCCUCUUUCUGAAUACUUUCCUAUCAAGGACUGGGGUAAACCUGGAGACCUAAAGAACCUUGACAUCCAGUGGCAUGUUCCAUCCGCUGAAGAGAUGGCUUUUUCUUAUGAAUUGCUGGAUUCAUUUCUUCAACCAGAGCUCAACAAGUUAUCGCACUAUGCAGAUGGAAAUCUUGAAAUGUCCAGAGAUGAUGUGCAACAGUGUCUUACCAUAGUACACAAUUGUCUAAUUGGUUCUGGGAACAUUCUCCCUGCCCUGAAAGGAGACAGAGUAACUCACCUGGUGCCAAGUCUAGUGUCCUUAGAAGAGAUCAGACUUUAUACUGGUGUGGACUAUGAUUUGUCAAGGGAGAAUUACAGAGAAACAAUCAGCAAAGUCACAAGGAAACUUCUGCAUUAUGUGCUUGACAACUCGGAGGAUGAUAUUAAGUCUUUGUUCCUCAUAAUAAAGAUCAUUGGGGACCUCUUACAUUUUCAGGGGUCACACAAGCAUGAAUUUGAUUCGCGGUGGAAAAGCUUUAACUUGGUGAAGAAAUCUAUGGAGAACAAGCUUCAAGGCAAGAAACAGCAUAUUAGAGCACUGUUAAUUGAUCGAGUCAUGCUGCAACAUGAGCUGCGAACCUUGACUGUUGAAGGCUGUGAAUAUAAAAAAGUACACCAAGACUUGAUCAGGGACCUUCUGCGUUUGUCCACCAGUUCAUAUGGCCAGGUCAGAAACAAAGCUCAGCAAGCAUUUUUCACUGCCCUAGGGACUUACAAUUUCUGCUGCAGGGACGUAAUUCCUUUGGUUCUGGAGUUUUUGCGGCCUGAUGGGCAUAAUGUCACUCAGCAGCAGUUUAAAGGUGCCUUGUAUUGCCUUCUUGGAAACCACAGCGGAGUGUGUUUGGCCAAUCUCCAUGACUGGGACUGCAUUGUUCAAACAUGGCCUGCCAUUGUCUCUUCUGGGCUUAGCAAAGCGAUGUCCCUGGAAAAACCAUCCAUAGUUAGACUGUUUGAUGAUCUUGCAGAGAAGAUCCACCGGCAGUAUGAAACAAUAGGACUGGAUUUCACAGUUCCAGAGAAAUGUGUUGAGGUUGCUGUUCUCAUGCAACAAUCAAGUGAUCCACCCAGUGGAUGGGCGAGACUGACUUCAGAGGAGAUUCAGUUGGGGAUUCAGCGGCAAAAGGAAAGGAAUACAGAAUCCUCUCAGAACUAUGAAAGUUUGAUUAACAGGCUGUUAGACUGUGUGGAUCAAAGAAAUCUGCCUUGGAAGUUUGAGCACAUUGGCAUUGGUUUUCUAUCCCUUUUAUUAAGAGAUGACAGGGUGUUGCCUGUGAGAGCCAUAACAUUUUUUGUGGAAUGUCUCAACCAUGAUGCACUCGUCGUUCGCAAGAUGGCAAUCUCUGCUGUGGCUGGCAUCCUCAAGCAAUUGAAGAGGCCUCACAAAAAAAUUCCCAUCUGCCCUUUUCAAAUCAGUGGAACCUCUCGGCCUUCUAAUAUUCAGGCUGGUGACAGAUCGGACAACCAGUGGCUGCAUUAUGAAAGUGCCAGUUUACCAAAGACAAAGCAAGCAUGGGAGACCUGCCAUUUUGUGGAGAAGACUCACUGGGGAUACUACACCUGGCCUCAAAAUAUGGAAAUCUAUGCUUCAGCAGAAGAGCAACCAAAACUUGGAAGGUGUAGAAAGGAACUUUCAGAGGCAGAACAAGUCAUUUAUGAUCAUUUUUCUGAUCCAAAAUUUGUUGAGCAGCUAAUCAAGUUUCUUUCUUUAGAAGACAGAAAGGGGAAGGAUAAAUUUAAUCCUCGCAGAUUUUGCCUCUUCAAGGGCCUGUUCAGAAACUUUGAUGAUGCCUUCUUGCCUGUACUAAAACCCCAUUUGGAACGUCUUGCUGUGGAUUCCCAUGAAAGUCCUCAGCGAUGUGUAGCUGAAAUUAUAGCUGGUUUGAUAAGAGGGUCUAAACACUGGACAUUUGAAAAGUUGGAGAACCUCUGGAAAAUUUUGUGCCCACUUUUAAGAACAGCUUUAUCCAACAUUACAGUGGAGACCUAUAAUGACUGGGGGACGUGUAUAGCAACAUCAUGUGAGAGCAGGGACCCCCGGAAGCUGCAUUGGUUGUUUGAACUGUUACUGGAGUCUCCAUUGAAUGGUGAAGGUGGAUCUUUCGUUGAUGCCUGUCGUCUGUAUGUACUGCAGGGGGGGCUUGCACAGCAAGAAUGGCGCGUCCCUGAGCUGCUGCACCGAUUGCUGAAGUACUUGGAGCCUAAACUCACCCAAGUGUACAAGAAUGUCAGAGAAAGGAUAGGAAGCGUUUUGACGUACAUCUUUAUGAUAGAUGUUUCCUUACCAAAUACCGCUCCAACAAAAUCUCCUCAUGUCCAUGAGUUCACUUCCCGAAUACUUGAAAAACUCAAACCCCUUAUGGAAGUGGAUGAAGAAAUUCAGAAUCACGUGAUGGAAGAGAAUGGAUUUGGAGAUGAAGAUGAGCGAACGCUAGGCAUUAAACUUUUGAAAACCAUUCUGAAGUGGUUGAUGGCAAGCACAGGGAGAGCCUUUUCCACAGCUGUUACAGAACAGCUUCAGCUUUUGCCGUUGUUUUUCAAGAUUGCACCUGUAGAAAAUGACAAUAGUUACGAUGAACUCAAGAGAGAUGCUAAGAUGUGCUUAUCCUUAAUGUCUCAGGGAUUACUGUAUCCCAAACAAGUGCCUUUGGUACUUCAGGUGCUAAAACAAACCGCAAAGAGUAGUUCAUGGCACGCUAGGUACACAGUGCUCACCUACCUCCAGACCAUGGUAUUUUAUAAUCUUUUUAUCUUCCUAAACAACAAAGAAGCGGUAGAUGACAUCAGGUGGCUGGUUAUAAAACUUUUAGAAGAUGAACAGCUUGAGGUGAGAGAGAUGGCUGCCACCACAUUGAGUGGCCUACUUCAGUGCCAUUUCCUGGCGAUUGAUGACCCUAUGCAGACUCACUUUGAAGAACUGUGCAAGAGGAGACUUCCAAAGAAGAGGAAGCGAGACCUCAGCACAGUAGUAGAUACUAUCCCCCCUGCAGAUUUGGUUAAGCGCCAUGCUGGUGUGCUGGGACUCAGUGCAUGCAUUUUAUCAAGUCCUUAUGAUGUACCCACCUGGAUGCCUCAGCUUUUGAUGGAUCUUAGUGCACAUCUGAAUGAUCCCCAGCCCAUUGAGAUGACAGUAAAGAAAACCUUGUCCAAUUUCCGGAGAACCCACCAUGAUAACUGGCAGGAGCACAAGCAACAAUUCACUGAUGACCAGCUGCUUGUCCUUACUGACCUCUUGGUAUCACCAUGCUAUUAUGCAUAAAGCGGUUCUUAGAAAAAAAAAUAAAAAAGACCUCGCUGCUGUUCCUGCAAAAAUAAAGGAAACUCAAAAGUAAUUUAUUGUGUAUAGACCCUUUUGGAUUAAUUCUGAGGCUUAAGGCUGGAAUGCUUAUCAAAAGUGCGUAUGUAACGUUUAUGGGGAUGACUCUGAUGAUUUCUACUUUGCUGGCGAGAUUGACUGUAGCAGUAUGACAAGUCACUGUGUUUGAAGGCCCAAUCAUGGUAUUUUUUAAAAAAUGCCUUGCAUUAACAUUAAAACCCUACACAUUUUUCAUUCUCUUCUGUCCAAUGCAGUGGAUUUUUUAUUCUUCAUCUUAAUGCAUUUCACUUGGUCGCUCGUUACCUAAUGGACUUCUGAACACAUGAACUAUAAUCUUUCAUCUGAUCUAUCUAAAGGUGUGAGUUGUGAGUGGCUUCUAAAGAUAGGCCAGAUAUGUCCUCCAUCUUUUUGUUACUUUUUUAAAGAAGAUUUCCACCUCAUUUCCAACUCUCAUGUAGUACUAGGCUAUGCAGAACUUUAAAAUGAGGUGGUUUUUGUUUCUGUUUUUUUUAAGACUAAGUUUCUGAGCACAUUUCUUUACUCUCUGUUGUUGUCAAGAUCUCUGGAACAGAGGGAGAUACAUUCUAUGGCCAGAUUUUUCAACAGGCCCUACAUUUUCCCUUCUCUUUGAAGACAGCAGUUUAUUCCCUAAUUUAGUGGAGUGUAUGGAAAAUAGUGUCUCUUACCUGUUUUAUUUCAGAGAAUAAAGAGCAUGUAUAUAUGUUAAUAAUGAGUAGCUGAAGUCUUUUAAAACAAAAUGGUCCCUGUUUGCCAGCCCCCUAUCUUGCCAUUUAUUCAACCUUUCCAUGCUGGAAGAAGUAUUUAACUUAUGUUUGAAAAAUAGAAGUACUGUAUCCUCUUUUUUUUUUUUUUUGGUCUGCAGCUAUGAUGGUUAUCAGCUGGCUAAUUCACAACAUGUUCCAUAGAUGUAAAAGACUUGUAUAAAUUGUAGAGGUGUACUGCACUGGCAAAGCAUUGUACAGUUUGCAAACAAACAAACAAACCCAACAACAAACUCAUAUAAUCCAUUUGUGAGAAUAUCUUAAUUAAGAACCACGUUUUGGUGUUGAUAUAGUGCUUUCAGCUUUUGUAUCUGAUUCAAAUGCCAAUUUCUUCUGAUUUUAAUAUGCCUCAUUCCCAUGAAUAAGAUAACUUAUCUUAUGAGGCAACUUUAAUUUUGAGCUUGAUUUUCUUAUUAGCAAAUCUGUUUUUGUCUUGUUUUUUAACUGUGUCAUUCUUCCAUCUCCCUUUUGGUGUGUGAUAAAUUAUAGAGUGCAAGAAUAUCUCCCAUGCUGGAAAAAAAUUGAGAAUUGAGUGUUUUUUGGCUUUCUGUACAUCUUGUACUUUUUCUUUUUUUCUUUUUUUGGGGUAAAAGCAGAAAUACAACACAUUUUCAAUUCAUUUGCCUGCUGGGAAACUAUACCAUGUUCCUAAAGCACAGCAGUGUAACCAGUCCAGUAUCUCUUGAGCUAAAACACAGAAAUUACUAAUGUAUAGUGUAGUGCCAAAAUGCUGCUGCCUCUUCUUUUUAGUUGUGUACUUAGUUUAAGCUGAAUAAACAAAUUGUUUGUAAGAUC